AUGGGAUUUUCAAUGGUGAAUAAGCCGAGCAAAAUUUUGUCACCGAAAGCAGUGAAGAGUGUCCACCAGCAGACAACUGCUGAAAAGGAGGAGACAGUUGUCAUUGCUGCCAAUGCUAUGGGACAAACAGUGCCUCCUAUGUUUAUUUUCAAGGGAAUUCGUGUCACCAAUAGCCUGAAGGAAAAUGUUCCUCCAUUGAGCCAGGUAGCAGUGUCAGAAAAUGGCUGGAUAAAUUUGGAAAUUUUCUUGGAGUACUUGAAGCAUUUCAUUUACCACAUCCCUCCCACUCGUCCUGUUCUGCUAAUGAUGGACUCACAUUCUAGCCACGUCUCUCCAGAAGCUCUAAAAUUCAGACAAGAAAAUGGCAUUAUUUUUGUUGCCUUUCCAUCACACACCACUUAG